GCUCUGCGCCGGCGUCUCGCUGCUCCGGACCCGCGGCUCCGCCAGCGCCGGCGGGAUGCGGGUGCCAUGGCCCCAUUGGCCCCUAUGGGCCCUGUGGGUCCUGUGGGUGCGGGCCGUGGCAGGGGGCCCAUGUGUGGGGCAGCGCCUGGAGCUGUGGGGCCCGGCGGGGGUCGUCACCGACGGCCCCGGGAACUACUCCGUGAGUGGGAGCUGCCAAUGGCUGCUGCGCGCCCCCCCGGGGCUCAGCCUCGUUCUCGCUUUCUCCUCCCUGGACACCGAGUGCGGCUUCGACCUCGUCUCGGUCUUUGACGGCCCCUCCCCCCGCUCCCCGCGCCUCGCCAGCCUCAGCGGCAGCCGCGCCCCACCCCCCCUGCGCGCCACCUCCGGACAGCUCCUGGUGCAGCUCUUCAGUGACCCCAAUUACAACCGGGGGGGUUUCGCCGCCUCCUUCCGGGCCUGGCCCUGCCCCGGGGGGUGCUGGGGCCGGGGCCGCUGCGACGCCAGGGGGCGCUGUCACUGCGGGCCCCACUGGGGGGGGGCCGACUGCUCCCAACCUCGCUGCUCCGCCUCCUGCAAGGCCCCCGGGGGGACCUGCAAUGAGGUCUCAGGGCUCUGCGAGUGCCGCCCGGGCUAUGUGGGGCUGAGCUGCGAGCUGGAGCUGGGCCUCCCGUCCAGAGGGGGGCGCUGGUACCCGGUGAGCCCCGCCCACCCCAGCUUCCGGCCCCGCACCGCUGCCGCCGGCGCCUUCCUGCCCCACACCGGCGCCCUCUACGUCUUCGGAGGCCUGGACCUGAACUCGGUGCUCGGUGACCUCGUCGUCUACAACCUCAGCACCAACCAAUGGCAGCAACUGAACCUCAGCCUCCAGCCGCCCCCCAGGCACUCGCACGCGGCCGCUAGGUGGCGCCAAAGCCUGGUGCUGAUGGGGGGGGAGCUGGCGGGGGGCGCGCUGGCCAAUGACGUGUGGAGCCUGGAGCCCGAGGGGCGGGGCUGGCGGGAGCUCCGCCCCCUGCCCGGUGGAGACCCCGCCCACACCCCGCCGGGAUUGGCUGCUCACGCCGUGGCCGUUGUCGAUGAUUGGCUCUACGUGUUCGGAGGCCGCACCCCCCACGACCUCUUCUCCUCCCUCCUCUUCCGCUUCCCCCUGCGCGGGGGCCGCUGGGAGCGGGUGGAGCCCUGGGGGGGGAAGGCCCCGGCGGCCGCCGGCCAUUCCCUGCUCUUCCACCCCCCCUCCCGUGCCCUCAUCCUCUAUGGUGGGCACCGCCCGGCCACUGCCAGGUUCAGCUCCCGCGUGAACCACACGCACCUGUUCCACGUUGAUCGCCGCCACUGGGUGGCGCUGCGGGAGCGCGGAGGAGCCGCGGGGCCUCGGGAGCGCGCGUUCCACAGCGCGAGCCUGCUCGGGGACUACAUGGUCCUGUAUGGGGGCCACGUCCAUGCCCAUUACGAGGAGGAGAAGUGCUACGAGGACGGGGUCUUCUUCUACCACCUGGGCUGCCACCAGUGGGUGAGCCCCGAGGAGCUGCAGGCGGGUGACCCCGAGGAGCCCGGCUCCGCCCCACCCCCCCCGCCCCCACCGCGGGGCCGCUUUGGUCACGUGGCCGCCGCCCUGGGGGGAGGGGUGCUCCUGGUGGCCGGGGGCUUCAGCGGGACCGCCCUCGGUGACGUCAUCGCCUACAAACUGCCCCGCUUCGCCUGGGCGGGGGAGGGGCCCGGCGCCCGGCGGGACCAUUGCGAGCUGUACCCGGAGCCCGGCGCCUGCAGCCGGGACCCCCAAUGCGGGUGGUGCGGGGGGGGGUGCCGCAAGCAGGGACCCCAGAGCAGGUGCCCCCUCUCGGGGUGCCGGGGGCUCUGGCGCCUCCUUGGGGACUGCGAAUCCUGCCUGGCCUUUGGGGGAGCCGGGCCGGGGCCCCCCCACACCCCCGGAGCCCUGGGCUGGUGCGUGCAGAACGACACCUGCGUGCCCCUGGAUGAGGCCGACGCCUGCCGCGUGGGGCAGCUCUCGGGCACCCAUGGGUGGUGGGGGCCGCAUUCGGUGCUGGUCUCGGCGCUGUCCCAGUGCCGCACCCGCAGCUUCCAGCCGGGCCUGCACCUCCUCAUGUUCCAGCACCCGCGCAACGACUCCCAGCCGGACAAGGUCUCCAUCGUGCGCAGCACCACGGUGACGCUGAGCUCGCCGGGAGGGGGAGGGGCGGACCCGGCGGCGGGGGGAGGGGCUGGGGUCACCCUCGUCUACCGGGGCUUCAUUCACCCCCUGCUGAGCCCCCCCGCCCCCCCUGGCCUCGGGCCCCACGUCUGGGCCCGGGCCCAAGGGCUCCUGGUGGUCGCCAGGCUGGGACGGAGCCCUGGGAGCACCGAGAUGGAAGAAGUGGGUCGCUUCUCGGUGCGGGACCAGCGCCAGUCCCGGCCCCUGCAGCGGCCGCGGGGGGGGCGGCUCUUUGGCGCCCCCUGGCGGGGCAGCCGCUACGCGCUGGAGGUGGAGGGUCACGUGACCGGCUCGGGGGCGGGGCCACGCAGCGAGCUCAGCCUCGUGUGGGACCGCACCGGGGUGCCUGGCGGCAGCGAGAUCUCCUUCUUCUUCCUGGAGCCCUGGCGCUCUGCCCCCGGCUCUUGCUCCGCCCACCCCACGUGCUUGGCCUGCCUGGCUGACCAAUCGUGUGGCUGGUGCCCGCCCACAGCCACGUGCCACGAGCGCCUGGCCCCGCCCUCCUUGGGAGGGGCCAAUGGGGAAAGGGGCGGAGCCUGCGCUGGGGGAGCGGAGGAGGGGAAGGAGGAGGGGGCGGGGCCUCGCCUCGUUCUGACCCCCGGGAACUGCGGCCUCUGCGAGGAGCACCGGGACUGCGGGGCCUGCGCCGCGGACCCCCUUUGCGAGUGGCAGGAGCCCAGCGGCCGCAGCGGGGACUUCGUGUGCAGCCGCCGGGGGCGCCGGGAGGGCUCCAUCCGCGACCCCCAGCACUGCCCCCCCCCCUGCAGCGAGCGCGGGACGUGCUGGCAGUGCCUGGCCCCCCCCAGCCCCUGCGCCUGGUGCGGGUCCACCCGGCGCUGCUUCUACUUCUCCUCCUACCUGGCCAAGUACCCCUAUGGGGGGUGCCGGGCCUGGGUCGACAGCGUGCACUCCCCCCCGGGCUGUGAGCCCUGCCAUCGGUUCCGCUCCUGCACCCAGUGCCUGCGGCGCCUCGAGUGCGGGUGGUGCGGGAGGCACCCGGAGCACGGGCGGUGCCUGGAAGGGGACUUCUCCGGCCCGCUAGGGGGCGCCAACUGCUCGGGGGGGGCCUGGGCCUACGGGCGCUGCCCCAGCGCUGCCGCCUGCGGCCACCAGGGGGAGCUCUGCCCGCCGACGUGCACUCAGGACGUCAGCGCCGCCUCCCCCAAUGCCAUGGAUGCGGACCCAGACGUGAACACGGAUGCGUACACGGACAUGGACAUGGGUAUGGACACGGAUCCAUACAUGGACAUGGCCGUGGACAUGGGUACGGACACAGAUCCAUACAGGGACGUGGAUAUGGACAUGGACAUGGAUACGGACACAGAUCCAGACACGGACAUGGACAUGGACAUGGGUACGGACACAGAUCCAGACAUGGACAUGGACAUGGAUACGGAUACGGACACGGACCCGUACAUGGGCAUGGACAUGGACCUGGAUGUGGGUCAGGAUGGGAACAUGCGUGACGAGGCCGCCUGCCCCCAGUGCCGCAACUCCUCCCGGGCCCCCCCCUGCUCCGGGGUCACCACCAGGGGGCGCUGCAACGGCUCCAGCCCCCCCCCGCCCCCCGCGGAGGGGGAGGACCCACGGGGGCGCCACCUCCUGACCAACGUCACCUCGGAGCUGACGCUGGUGGCGCGGGCGGGGCCAGGACAGACCACGUGGUCCGGGGGCGGGGCCGAGGGGGCGGGGCCUCCGCCGCCUCCCUGCCUAUGGGCUGUGUCCGUUGGCCCCGCCCUCCGGCCCUGCCCCCCCCACGCGCCCUGCCCCGUGCUGCGGCUGCGCAUGCGGCUGGAGCCCGCCCCGAGCUGUCACUUCUCCUUCACCUAUGUUUUCGAUGGGCUCCCGGCGCUGCUGCGGGGGGGGGAGGGGCUCCUGGGGGACCCCUCCCUGGUGGGGGCCUUCUGCGGGGGGGGGCGGCCCCGGAGCCUGCGCCUGGAGGCGCGGUCAGGCCUCCUGGUCCUGCUCCGCUCCGGCGCCGCCGCUCCCGGGUUCGUGGCCUCGGUCCUGCCCCUGCCCGGGGCCGGGCUCCGGCAGCGCCGCUGCCCCACGUGGUGCGGGGAGGCCGAGGGGCGGGGCCAGUGCGACCAGGACCGGGGCCUCUGUGUCUGUGGGGCCGGGUUCACGGGGCCGGAGUGCGCGGAGCCAAUGGGGACAGGGAGCAUCGAAUGGGAGCCUAUGGGGCAGGCCUCGGGCUCCGGGUUCCUGCGCCGCUUUGGGCACUCCCUGGUCGAGGGCCCCAAUGGGAGCCUUUGGAUGUUCGGGGGCCUGGCCCCGCCCCACGGCCUCCAGGGGGACGUGCACAGGUUCUCCCUGGACGAGCGCCGCUGGACGCAGGUGCUGACGGCGGUGGGGGAGGGGGCGGGGCCAGAGCCUGGCCCCUCCCCCCGCUUCCUGCACGCGGCGGCGCCGCUCGGCCCCGCCCCCUCCCUGAUGGUGCUCGGGGGGGUCACGAGGGGCGGGGCCGCCGCUGACGACGCCUGGGUCCUGGAGCUGGGGGUGCUGCAAUGGCGGCGGGAGGAGGGCCCCGGCCUCCCCCUGGCCGGGCACUCGUUGACGGCACGCGGGGACACGUGGCUGCUCCUGGUGGGCGGGGCCUCGGCGAGGGGCGGGGCCAACACCGCCCUGCGCCGCUUCCUGCUGCGGGAGCGCCGCUGGGAGGAGGUGCCGCAGCGGGGGACGCCCCCUGGCGCUCUCCUGGGUCACACCGCUCUCUACCACGCCCCCUUGGACGCGCUCUUCGUGUGGGGCGGGCAGCGCCCGGCAGGGGGCGCCUCGGCCGAUCUCUAUUGGCUGCGCUGCCGGACGGUCACGUGGGCGCGCCUGGCCCCGGCCCGUGGAGAGAGGCCCCAGCCCCACGUCUUCCCCGCGGCCGCGCUGCUCGGGGAUGUUCUGGUGCUCUUGGGGGGCCAGGGCCCCACGGGGGAGCCCUCGGAUGCGCUGCAGCUCUAUGGGGUGCGCUGCAAUGUGUGGGUCACAGCCGAGCACACCCGGCGCGCGCUGCGGGGGGGCGCUCUCCCGCGCUCGCAGUGGCACGCGGCGGCCGCCGCCAGGGGGCGCCUCUUCGUGUCCGGGGGCUUCGACGGCACCGCCCUGGGGCGCUGGGGGGAGCUGCGGGUGCAGAGCGCCCCCUGCUGGAGCGGAGGCCAGGGCGGAGAUGGGCCCGGCUGUGACCCCGAAGCCUCCUGUGACCCCUCCCCCCCCUGCGACCAGCGCCUGAGCUGCAGUGAAUGUGUGGGGCAGCACCCGGCUGAGGCGGAGGGGGCCCCGCCUCUUUGCACGUGGUCCGGCGGCCGCUGCAUCCCCUCUGGCUCCGCCCCCGCGCUCGACCCCGCCUCCUGCCCGGAGGUCACGUGCUCGGCCCCGGACUGCGUCACGUGCUCCGCCCGGCCCGGCUGCGUCUGGGCCCCGCCCCCCGGCUCUGCUCCCGCCGGCACCGACCCCCCCUUGCCCUCGCUGAGCCCCGGCCCCUCCCCCCCGUGGUCCUGCCUCAGCCUCGCUCUGGCGCCGGGGGCGGAGCCUGCGCCUUGCCCCGCCCCCUGCGGGAACCGCAGCUCCUGCAGCGCCUGCGUGGGCGGAGGGGGUGGGGCCUGCGCCUGGAGCCCCCUCCUGCGGCAGUGCCUGUCCCCGUGGCUCCUCCCCCUCCUGUGCGGGGCCGGCUCCUGCGGCUCCCUCCGCUGGGGGGCGCUCGAGUGCGGGGGCGGCUGCCAGGGGGCGCGCGCGUGCGGGGCCUGCCUGAGCCACGCCCACUGCGGGUGGUGCGGGGGCGGGGCCGGGGCCGGCCGCUGCCUGCCGGGGGCCCUGCGGGGACCACGUGACGCCCCAGACCCCCCCUGCCAGUCCUGGUCCUUCCUGCGCUGCCCCCCUGAGGAGGAGUGCGGGGGCGGGGCCACGUGCGAGCCCUGUGGGCGGGGCUACACCCGGCCCAACGCCUCCUCCCCGUGCCUCCCGCUCUGCCCCGGGGGCUGUGGGAACGGCUCCUGCGAGGCCCCCGGGCGCUGCCGCUGCCCCUUCGGCUUCGUGGGCCCCGCCUGCGCCGUCGCCUGCGCCUGCAACGGCCACGGCCACUGCCCAGGGCCCGGCCUGCGGCACCGCUGCUCCCACUGCAGGCACAACACCCACGGCCCCCAGUGCGAGCGCUGCCUCCCCCUGCACGUGGGCUCGGCGCGGGGGGGGGGCGGCUGCCGGCCCUGCCGGGGCUUCUGUGGGGGCCGCAGCGACGCCUGCGUCCGCCAGGGGGAGCUCGAGCGCGGCCUCCGCCACCCCCAGCGCUUCCCCCUGCGCCUGCCCCAG